AUGCCAGCCGCUACGUUGGCAGUCCAUGGGGGCAUAAUUACUGGUCUCACCCGGGGUACGAGGGUGUCGUCUAGGUUUUGCGCGUCCUGGAAGACGGAUUUUCCUGGUGUGGCGAAGUGUGGAAGCCCGAUGCCUGACCGAGGCCACUGCUGCGGACCACAUCUUGGUUCGCUUCCGAAGGCAAUGGAGAUGAUGCGGUUCGGUCGUGGAGUGGAAAGUAGCACUAGGUCAACACCAAAGUUCCGAAGAAUAAGAGCACAGAGCUCUGGUGAGUUUCAUCUUAUUAUCAGUGGCCAUGGAUAUGUACCCAUGCAUUUCCCGUGUUCUUCAGUGUAUCUACGUGUCUAUAUUUAUUUUUGAAAUCAAUUUUUUGUAUUAUAAUCUGGAAGCUACUGUUUUUGUCCCAGACUAUCCGUUUCAUCUGAAGAUGAGGUGGUUUUCCCUCCACAUUCCUUUGGAUAUUGUUCGUCAGGAUUCUGUAUUCUAUAACCCACUUUCGUCACAAUAUCUUAUUUUUUGUCUUCACAUAUGCCUGGACAUAAUGAUUCGUACAAAUAGAAAAUAUACCAAUAGGCCUUGUCAACUUCUACCAUCAGAUCAUGGCUCUUUUCGUUUUUUUCAAUUUCUCGAGAAUGAUAACUUUUAAAACCAAGGUUAUACUUAUUUUCACCAUAUACAGGAUCCAAUUUUGUUCCAGCGCCUGAUUUAUUCUUUGCAGAAAUCAUCAAUACUCAAUAUAUUUCAUUAAAUCCAUUGUCAGUACAUGAUUGAAACUACAUGUUGGACUGUCACUUGCUUCUGCUCGUUCAGAUUGAGAACCAAACCCUGAAUUCUUGUGGAUAAGUGAACUGAUUUAUAGGUGAUAAUAUGGGAAGAAAAAAAAGUGAACUCAUUUAAUGAAUCAUGUCGGUCAUUGUAUAGUUAACACCAUCCACUGGUUUUUACGUUAUCAACUUUAGCCUUUUUUGGAGAUCCAUGUAUUCCCAUGUCAACCUAGUUACUGGUUUGAUGAUCCUUGUUCAUCUUUCUAAGAUUUAACGAGUUUGCCAACAACGUAAUAUCCAGUUCAUAAUGGUAACGCAAAGCUCCGUGACACAGAUAUAGAUCAAUUAAUACUUUUUCAUGGACUAGCAUGGGUAUUAUCUUCAAUGAUAGUGACAUUUAUUGACUUAGCAUAUGAUUUUACUCAUCCUGCAGAGGGAGAUAUUGAGGACGCUUCCUCCCACAAGAUUCAGACGAAAUCUUCUGGGACAGUUCUACCAUAUGUCGGUAUCGCAUGCCUUGGGGCUAUUUUGUUUGGAUAUCAUCUCGGGUAGCUACUCUUCUCCUGUUUGAUUUCGUGUACCACUGAUCGUAGCGUUAAAGCUAUCGUAAUGUUGCACUUUUCACAUGUCUGUUUGUAUUGAUGCCUUUUAAGUAGUUGGAAUUUUUCUAUUUCCCCAACAUAGUCAGGAGAGACGUCCGAACAUUUUACCAAUCACAUUCCCUUUGCAGUGUUGUUAAUGGAGCACUUGAAUAUCUUUCUAAGGAUCUUGGAAUUGCAGAGAACACUAAUUUACAAGGUCAGUCCACAAAUCUCUUUGAAUAAUUUAUGAUUAGUUUGGUGAUUUUUUGGGUGCUAUCUAUCCGGAAGUAAAAAUAUCUUUGUCAAAACUGGAGGCUUAGUAUUGCAGCCUGUUUUAUCAUCCUCGUUUGUUGUUCAUUUGCCUUUGAAUUAUAAUUAAGAUCACAUUGAUUUAAGUUUACAAAUAUUUCCCUCAUUGGCUGCAUUUUUCGUUGCAGGAUGGAUUGUAAGCGCACUUCUUGCUGGGGCCACUGUUGGGUCCUUCACAGGGGGGUCUUUGGCUGACAAAUUUGGUCGAACAAAAACGUUUCAGCUAGAUUCGAUUCCUCUUAUUAUUGGGUCCUUUCUUUGGUAUGUCUUGCGUCCCUUGUUUUACUUUACCCUGUUUUAUUUGAUUUUUCCUCAUAUGAUUUUAUUUGGUUAACCUUGUAAAAAAGAAAACUUCCUGUCAGUGCUACCGCGCAGGAUGUGCGUACAAUGAUAAUUGGCCGUCUACUUGCUGGAAUUGGAAUUGGUGUUUCCUCUGCCAUUGUUCCGCUGUACAUAUCUGAGGUAGUAAUGAAAAUUAUUAUUCCUAAUUUUCGUUCUUUUCAGUUUUUCCACCCCUAACAUUCUGACAAUUCAGAUAUCGCCGACUGAGAUACGUGGAGCACUUGGAUCUGUGAACCAGCUUUCUAUAUGCAUUGGCAUCCUUGGUGCUUUGGUGGCCGGACUCCCUUUAGCUGGAAAUCCUCUUUGGUACAUGUUUCUCGUGCUUCAAAAGAUAAUUCUGUGCAGUAUCAUUUAUCAAUCCUGAAUCAUAAUUUCUGGUGUCAUUUCCAAAUGCCUUCAUAAGUUUUUGUGAAUGAAUCUAUACUAGAAAAUGAAGUUGGUAAAUGUUUAUAAAGAUAUCUAUUUUCAAGUUAGCGGAAAGCAUACUUCAUAUCUAUUUACAGGAUCGUCACAGCUGUGUUGACUUUUAUUGUUAGUUGGAAAUUUAAACUUUCAGGUUUGAACCCUGGUUGAUGGCUGAUUAAUUAAUGAAAGCCAUGCAGAUGUAUAGGAUCUUGGAUCCUUGCACAGAGUGGGAGGGCCUUGUAUUGAUAAAUUGGGACACUUUUGUUUCCGUUCACAUAUUUUCAUCUUCCUCUUUCUUUUUUACGUUGAUUCUGGAAAUCACAAGCUCUUAGAGAAUCAAUUCAAUUAGAGAAUCACUAAAGAGAUCCAUUAAAUUAGAGAAUCACAAAAGAGAUCUAUUAAAUUAGCGCAUCUCUCCAGGCCCAUUGAAUUUACAUGGUCUUUCAAACUUCUGUAUGAUUUCCCUCAAAAUAUCAUCAUAUAAUUCUAUUUUUCAUUCAUUAAUCAGGUGGAGAACCAUUUUCGGGAUUGCAAUCGUUCCUUCUGUUUUAAUGGGACUGGGAAUGGUUUUCUCUCCAGAAAGUCCCCGUUGGCUUUUCCAGGUGCUGUCUUGAAUAUGUGUAUAUUUCCUUUCUGAGUUUAUAUGGUUAGAUUCUUCGUUCUCAGUUGUUGGAUCUCUUAUUCUAUAGCAAGGGAAAACAAGUCAGGCAGAAUCAGCAGUAAAAUCACUAUAUGGUGCUCAAAAAGUUGAUGAAGUCAUGAAUGACUUACGAACUGGUGGCGGCCAGAGCUCUGGAGAGCAUGAUGCCGGUUGGUUGGAACUGUUCAGCAAACGCUAUUGGAAAAGUAUGAAAUUUUUGUUUCACUUCUUCAUUUUUUGAAGAGGGUCUGAGACUUUUUUCUGCACAGAAUCAUUUGCGUGAUGCACUUGGUGUAUGCCACCAGGAAAUAGAUGCGUUAGUGUGGUUGCAUAUAAACUGCUGCUUUAGUUAGUGCAUCCGUGCAUUGCAAUAGGACUCAAAACUUACCAUAUUCUACCGUUUACUUCAGAUUACGAAGACAUAUAUUUACAAUAAAAACAGCUUAGUCUUUUUAUGCACGUAGGAAUUCACCUAUUCUUUCACGCUCGGAACCUCGUUUCAGAACAUCCAAAUUCAGCUUUAUGACGUCUGAUAAUUUACAAGACCUGGCGUUACUUUCAAUUUUUUAUUUAUGUCGGUGUAGUGGCCAUUUGUGUGCUUUUCUGUGAUUAUAUAUAUGUAGAAGGAAAUCACUUUAGUUAGAUGACAGAUUUAUUUGUGUCAAUUAUGCAUCUUUUCCCACAUGUUAGCAGAUUAUUCCCAUCAUGUUAACAGAGGUACAUGGGUGUUCUUUGAACUCAGAGGCAUGAUAGUGCAAAGGUUGAACAUCAUGUCAACUAAGGUUGCUGGAGAAAUGACAGAGAAGAAGGGAAAAAGAGUUUGUGAUUUACCAUGAAACGAAAGAAGGUUCCUCUUGAGUGUUUCCCAGGCGUUGACAGUAUGGUUUGUUUGGACAAUUCCUGAAUCCAUUGUAAUUCGAUUAUUGAGCGACUUAACUUUUACUUUGUCGAUCAUCACUAGCAAAUCACGAACAGUCUCCUUUGUAUUGUUGAAAAUGUGUAGAAUUCUUUCUACUUUGUUCUCUACCUUGCAUUACUGUUAGAUAAUACCAGUCGUAUGCUAUGCUUUUUUCUUUUUUCUCUAACUUUCACCAAUAACAACUGCAGUUGUGAGUAUUGGGGCAGCACUUUUCUUGUUUCAACAGCUAGCUGGAAUAAACGCGGUGGUUUACUAUUCUACAUCCGUAUUCCGUAAUGCUGGGAUCACUUCUGAUGUUGCAGCCAGUGCUCUUGUUGGGGCGUCGAACGUUUUUGGUCAGAGUAUUCCUCUUCCUUGCAAUCAUUGGGCAGAAAAAUGGUCUGAUUUCAGCUUCUCAUAUUUUUUUCUAAUUCAUUUCAUUGCUGGAUCUGUGUUUGCAGGAACGGCCGUUGCAUCUUCUUUAAUGGACAAGCAAGGGAGGAAAAGCCUUCUGACGAUUAGCUUUGUGGGGAUGGUAAACACUUCCUCUGGCACAAAACAUCUAUGAAUUUUUAGUCUCAAAACUCUGGUUUAUGUUGUAGCAUUUCGAAUGGAAAUACCUUGCAUAUGUCGUCUUAAUACCAGGAAGAAAGUCAACGGUUGGACCUUGGGGCAGCAAGUGGGAAGUUGAUAGCUGUAGAGGACUAUGGCCCUAUGACCAGCAUGAUGAGCUCGACACAGUCAACGGACAUGGCUUCUUAGGGAUCCAGAUAGUGGGAUGGCAGAAGUAUUAGGGAACGGAGGAAUUUCGUACGGUCGGUUGGCUCAUCUCUGGAGAUAGCAGUUUUGGAGGUAAAAAUGGAAGGUAGCUACUCUCCGUGUUUAUUCUUCGUCAAGGGGUUGACCCGUUCCUGGGUGAAAUAUUAUGUAACGGAUGAAGAGCAGAAAAAGGAUCAUUACUGCAGAUUUCGUACGGUGGGUUGACUCAUAUUUGAUUAUAGCAGUUUAGGAGAUUAAAAAUGCAAGGUUUUUAAUUGAGGAGUUGACAUUCAGAUGGUAGCUACUCUCGGGAUUAAACUUCGUCAAGGGGUUGACCUGUUCCUGGCUGAAACAAUCAUCCGGAGAUCCUCUCAAAAACAUUCUCCUGACGGAGGUUGAUGAGGAUAAACCAUCUUUCUAGGCAAUUCAUGGUUUCAUGUUGUUUUAGAUCGUGGAUUCUGCCAUGGCUUGAUUCAUCUCCAGCUGAUCAAUGUGGAAGACGAGCCAUUUUGCGGCUGCUCAGCCAUGGAUACUUCAGUGACGAAUAUUCCAUGUCUUCUGCUUGCAGGGUGCCUCCAUGCUGCUGCUCUCCCUGUCAUCUUCCUGGAGCGUCCUGGCGCCAUACACUGGAACCCUAGCCGUCUUCGGGACCGUCAUGUAAGUGGAAGGAGGCAUUUCACUUCCAACCAUGCAGACUAUUUACCGUAAAAAUAAUAAUAGUAAUAAUAAUAAUAAUGGGUAUGGCUCUUCUCCCUGUGUUCAAACAGCUACGUCCUGUCCUUCUCCCUGGGCGCCGGCCCCGUCCCCGCCCUUCUCCUCCCCGAGAUAUUCGCCUCCAGGAUCCGCGCCAAGGCCGUCGCCCUCUCUCUGGGGAUGCACUGGGUAAGAAAGCUCCCUCCGCCCGCCCCCUUCCGUCAUCCUCAUUCCCGCUAGGGUUUCUUCGUCCUCUAGGGUCUCUUCUGGUGAUGGUCUGAGCUCUGGUGGCAUGCAGGUGUCCAACUUCGUGAUCGGGCUGUACUUUCUGAGCGUGGUGAACAGGUUUGGGAUCAGCAGGGUUUAUCUGGGGUUCGCCAGCGUGUGCCUACUCGCCGUCCUCUACAUCGCCCGGAAUGUGGUGGAGACGAAGGGCCGCUCCCUGGAGGAGAUCGAGCGCGCCCUCAGCGCCACCGCCCUCUGA